CUCACAGGGCGGCGCCGCCACCGGGGCCCCGCGCAGCGCCCUCCCCUCUCUGGGAUCUGCGGAGGGGGCGAGGCGCCCCUGCCCUGUCCACGCCAGAGAUCUGUCCAGGGGGGCACGCCCCCGGCGCCGUGCGCGUGGCUGGAUCCCGCGGCGCGGAGACGCGAGCCUCGGCGGGGGCCAUGUCUGGGCAGCUGCCGGACUACGAUCUGGAGGCCCGCAAGCUCUUCGAGCUCCUCAACCUGCCUGCGUCGGGCGCCGCGUCCGCGGCGUCCUCGGCGGCGCACCGCUACCGGGACCUGGACGCCGUCUGGGAGCACCCGCGGACGGGGGCGCGCGUCUUCAUAGGAGCAAUGCCUACGCCAGCAAGAGCCUCGAGACCCUGCAGAAGCACGGCAUCACCCGCAUCGUGAACUGCACCAGCGCCACGGUCGUGCGGUCGCCCCCCAGCAGGGGGGCCCCGGCGGGGCGAGGGGCGAGAUCCCUCGUUUUGUUGCCGACCCCUCGCGCUCGCCCUGUCUUGUGGGGCCCUCGUCGCCGCGGCGGGGUCUGCGGAGAACUGUAUGUGCCAGAC